ACCUAAUAAUUUGCUUUAGAUUUAGGGCUUAUCACUCAGUUACAACCAACAAAGAACAAAGCUGCAAGUGCACAGGACACACUCAAACCAGGUGACACUCUCAAACCAGGUGACACACUCAACUCUACAACUUAUUUAUGUUCUGCAAUGGGGACCUUCUGCUUGGGUUUCUUUGUAUAUGACAAAUCAAAUUCCAGUCAGUUGUGCAUACAGCGCGAAGGCAGUGGUAACCAGGGAUGGAUUGCCAGCCGAGACACACCUAUUUUAUACCCUUCAGGAGUUCUUACCUUCGACAAGAACAAAACGUUGAAAAUUGUGGACCGAGGCGGGACGCGGUUGGAGCUUUACUCUGCCAGUAUAGAAAUAGCAAAUUCAAACACUAGUACUGUGGUGGCUACUCUACUGGAUUCUGGCAAUUUUGUCGUACAAGAAGUGAACUCUAUCCAUGGAUCGAAAAAUCGGGUCUUGUGGCAAAGUUUUGAUCAUCCAAUAGAUACCCUUUAUCCAGGCAUGAAAUUAGGGGUUAACCACAGAAACGGGCACAUUUUGUCACUUACUUCAUGGUCAAGUCAGUCCAAUCCAGAGCCGGGGCCUUUCACCCUUGAAUGGGACCACAAAACGCAAGAAUUGCAGAUUAAGCGACGCGGAGUGGUUUACUGGACUAGUGGAGCCUCUACAAGUAAGAGAUUUAAGCAGCUGAUGAGUAGGUAUAAUAUUAGUAUUGUUUCCAAUGAAACUGAAGCCUCCUUCACUUACCACCCUCUAAACCAGACUUCAACUGAAUGGGUGCUAUCCUUAGCUGGACAACUAGACAACGCUGGAGAAUUUGUGAUUGCAAGAACAGAAAACUGUUAUGGCUAUAACACAGAUGGAGGAUGCCAGAGAUGGGCGGAGAAGCCAACUUGCAGACAUGUUGGUGACAUAUUCGAGCUAAGACGUGGUUACUUUACUCCAACCAUCUCAAAUAAAACCUACCCGAUUGAUCCUAAUACAAGUCUAAGUCUUAGCGAUUGUAAAGAUUCUUGUUGGAAAAAUUGCGAGUGCCUUGGAUUUAAUGUUCUAGAUGAAGAUGAUCAAUCUGGAUGUCAAUAUUAUACCAGAAAUAUCUCAGAGUUCCUUGAAGGCUCCACUGGUGAUACUACUUUCAAUAUUUUGAAAACAAAGUCACCUCGCCAUAAUGGUAAAUCUACUUAAUGUUUUCAAGUAAGAACUUGUCCACUAGUCUCUAUAUCAUACAAGUGCACUCCUUCCUCAGCAGGAUGCGUAAAAGGAACAAAGGAAAC